ACUUCAACACCCGUAACAUGUAAAGGUAAUGGAAGUCCGGUGCAACUAUAAAUGCUGUCAAUUUUAAUCAAAGCGCCACUAGUUCGCUUAGGACCAGUGCAAUUCGGUGAACAUGAAGUGCUUCGUUGCGAUAACUUGCCUCCUGGCUCUAUUUGUUUCUACAAGAGCCUAUGGAGACGGUUUACUUGGUGCGUCAAUACACGCUCCAAAUGAUUAUUAUUCGUACCCAAGCUAUUCGUAUGAAAACACUGUAAGAGAUCCCCACACUGGUGAUAACAAGGCCUAUUGGGAGAGGCGUGAUGGGGAACUCGUCCUCGGUGGUUACUCUUUCGUCGAGCCCGGCGGUAGCAUUCGUGUCGUCGAGUAUCGUGCGGAUGAAAAUGGAUUCCGCAACACUCUCCUGACCCGAAUCGGGCCAAAGGUGCACCCCGGUGGCGCUACCUCCACAACCGAGAUCUCCAUGCCAGCGGCUCCCAUCCCUAGACAAGCUGCACCUCUGCCCAUACAACCAGUUGUCUACAACUACCGGCCCAGUCUGCCUUUGCCAUACUCUCACGGGUGGAACCACGGACACCUUGGUUAUUACUAAGAACGCGAAGUAAGCCUGACAUGGAAAAAUGCCGCUUACCAUUCUUGCUUUCAUACCUUCGCGAUAUGGUAGUCUACGUUAUGUAUUGUGAUUUAUAGAUAUUUUACAAGCUGUAACGUAAGAUAUUUAUGUUUAUAAUUUAUAAUAUUAUACAAAUCGAAAUACUCUCUGAAUUGAGAAUCUCCUCAAUUUUGGAUGUUUGUUUAAAUCGCUAUGAGCACGAUUAAAGCAAUAACCACUAUGUGGUAAUUA